AUGGAGCCAGAAGUCACUUUCAACAGGACUAACACUGUGACUGCCAUACAUCCCUGCUAUGAAAUAGAUAACUUCAAUUUCAUAUUGACAAAGAGCCCUUCCAUUAUAUGUGUAUUAAUAUAUGCUUUUCUAAUGUUAUUGUCUGUUGUCACAAUAUGUGGAAACCUUCUGGUUAUAAUCUCUGUUUUUUAUUUCCAACAGCUCCACACUCCUACUAACUACCUUAUUCUGUCUCUGGCUGAGGCUGACAUGCUUGUUGGGAUCAUAGUGCUUCCUUUCAGCAUGGCAUUCUCAUUUAGCUCAUGUCUGUAUCAUGAAGGCUUAUUUUGCAAAGUGAAAGACAGUUUUGAUAUAUCACUCAGCACAGCUUCCAUUCUGAAUCUAUGUUGUAUUUCUAUUGACAGAUAUUAUGCUGUAUGUCAACCUUUGUCCUAUAGAACUAAAAUAAACCAUCGUGUCGUUCUUGUCAUGAUCCUGGUGAGCUGGGGGGGUUCUGCUCUAAUUGGAAUUAGUGUUAUUAUUGCUGGAUUAAAUAAUGAAACAUGUGAGGAAAGGUGUUUAAUUGAUGUUCUGAUAGCAAACACUAUUGGACCAAUUUUCUCAUUUUAUCUCCCAGUGAUCUUAAUGCUGUGUAUCUACCUAAAGAUUUUCCUUGUUGCACAUAGACAGGCUCGCAGCAUCCAGAACACAACCUGUCAGGGCAAAAAGUCUGGAGCAGCUGUCAGUAAGAUGGAGAGAAAGGCCACCAAGACUUUGGCUAUCGUUUUGGGGGUUUUUCUUUUAUGUUGGACUCCUUUCUUUCUUUAUAUAACCUUUCUGCCUUUCAGUAAUGAUCCAGUUCCAGUUCCUUUGAUUGAAACACUGAUCUGGCUUGCACUAACAAAUUCAAUGCUCAAUCCAUUUAUUUAUGCUUUCUUUUACAGCUGGUUCAGAUCAGCUUUUAGAAUGAUAAUUUCUGGACGGAUAUUUAAAGGUGAUUAUAGUAAUUCAAGACUGUCUUGA